CUAGAUAAAGCCCGUGUGCAGCAAUGAAAACCCAACGCAGCCAAAAAUAAAUAAAAUGAUUUUUUAAAAAAAGACCCUGUGUAAACCUUCCACAUGUACACAGGAAGUGUGUGCAAACCUGAAUCACCAGCUGCGGUAUAGUCAAUCCAAAAGAGCGAAGUAGAGCGUCAUGUAUCUGCUUCGAUAAACCUCAAAAACAUAAUGCUGGGCUUUUAAAAAAGCAAGUCGUAAGAGGACUUUGUGUCCUGCAUCCCUGAUACAGAGGGAUUCUACGCCAUUUUAUAUGAGGGACUUGAGCAUCCGCAGAUGUUGGUUUUCACACGGGGUCCUGGAACCAAUCCCCUGCGGUUACUGAGGGACGAACAGUACAACACUGCUUGUAUUAAUAUAAAGUUUGAAAACAUACGUGUAUUAUGUGUUGUUAUUUAUGGGCACAUACUCAUGUGGUGAGAAUAAAAAGCAUGCAUGGAAAUUAUUAAAGUUCAGCUUGCACCCCCACGUCACGUGUGUUAACACAGAUGUCUGGGCUCCACCUCAGAGUUUCUGGUGCAGUAGGUGUGGGGCAAGGACUUAAGAACCUGCAUUUCUCAGAAGUUCCAGGUGGUGCUGCGGCAGGUACAGGGACCACAGUUUGAGAACUACUGACAUACCAGCUUGAGGAUGGGGACUGUUUCUUGGGAUGGAGCAGAAUAGGACUGCGAGGGGCCCCUGGCUCCAACCAUGUUUGUAAUAGGUUAUUUCUUUAACAAGGGGAUGCAGUAUUACUUGACAAAGCUGGAUGGGUGCUCAUGAUCUUACGUUUUAACUUUCUUUAUGCUUGAAACAUUUCAGGAAAGAAAAAAGAUCCUAGUCGGUGAGGAAAAUGGAUUGGAAAAGAGAAAGCAGUGGGAGAGUGCGUAGGAAAGCGUUGCAGAAGCCCAGGAAGGUCACCUUCUAAGAAUCAGGCGUCGGUGGAAGAAGCUCAAGAGACCGUGAGGCCUGAGUGGUGAACGUCGUCAUCAUGUCCACAGGAGUCCUGGAAGAUGCCUGGAGGGAGAGAGGUGGAGAGAAAGAUGUGGGCCCGGAAUCUCGGUGAGGAAGGAGCUUGCAGAAGCCAGCGCCAUGGAGACGAGGCCCCAGGAGGGCAGGAAAGGGCCCCCGCCCAGGGACGUGCCCCCGGUGGUGGGACUGCUGCUGUCCAUGGCCCUCAUGAACGCCCUCCUCUACCUCUGCCUCGACUGGCUCUUCAUCUCACCCCGGCGCUCCACGGAGGACCCCACGCGCUGUCCCUACGGCCACUUCAGGAUGGGGCCGACGAGCAACUGCUCCCCGUGGCUGUCCUGCGAGCAGCUGAGGACAGAAGUGAGGCAGAUGAAGCGUGUCGGGGAAGGAGCCGUGAAGAGAGUGUUUCUGUCCGAGUGGAAGGAACGCAAGGUGGCUUUGUCGCGGCUCACCAGGCUGGAGGUAAGAGACGACUUCCUGCACGGACUGCGGAUGCUGAAGUCGUUGCAGAGUGAGCACGUUGUCACGCUGCUGGGCUACUGUGAGGAUGACAACAGCAUCCUCACCGAGUACCACCCCUUAGGCUCCCUGAGCAGCCUGGAGGCGACGCUGAACCUCUCCAAGUACCGAAGCACGAACACAUGGCAGCACAGGCUGCAGCUGGCCCUGGGCUACGUGGCCAUCAUCGACUUCCUGCACCGUAGCCCCCUGGGCACGCUGGUCAUGUGCGACUCCAGCGACCUGCCCAAGACGCUGUCCCAGUACCUGCUGACCGCCAACUUCAGCAUCGUGCUCAACGACCUGGACGCCCUGCCCCUGGUGAACCGCAGCACCGGGGCCCUGGUGAAGUGUGGCCACCGGGAGCUUCGCGGGGACUUCGUGGCCCCAGAGCAGCUGUGGCCCUACGGAGAGGACGUGCCUUUUCACGACGACCUCAUGCCCGCGUAUGACGAGAAGAUCGACAUCUGGAAGAUUCCAGACGUCUCCAGUUUCCUUCUGGGGCACGUAGAAGGGAGCGACAUGGUCCGAUUCCACUUGUUUGAUAUUCACAAGGCGUGUAAGAGCCAGACGCCUGCAGAGAGACCCACCGCUCAGGACGUCCUGGACACUUACCAGAAGGUUUUGAAUCUACUCAGAGACACCGCGACAUCUCAGACAAGAGAGAUGCUGUAAAAACCAGUGCAGUCGGUGAGGUAUGUGAGUCAAGGAUCGGAUGGAAGAGUUACAGUGGUUCCGCUCUGAUGGUGAGGUUUUUGCUGCUUUGACCCGUGGUUCUUCCAUCCGUGUGCACAAGUGAGCGGCUCCCUAUCCUGGCCACCUGGCAGGAGUUACUAAGCCAGAGCAAACCAGGCUUGAUGGGAGCCUGGCUUCAGGCGAAGGUGCAAAGAAGCAGCGAGUCUGGCCAGUAUCUGAAGGAAGUAACAAAAAUGGAGCUACAAAGAGGCUUCCCUAACACCUAAAUGUGUAAGCUUGUAAGAAAUGUAUGUAGAGAGGUUUUUAAAUUGCAGUGUACGGAAGAAACAAGCAGUAGUACUCGCUUUUUUAGGUGAGUAUUGCGGUGUAUUUCACUGGUACUGAUGAGGCAUCUCUACCAUUUCAAAUGAUUGCUCUGUGAAGCUCCCGGGCCGUUCCCUUCCCAGCGAGCUUGCACGUUCUUUGAAAUUUUGAAUGGAUAAGGAACGUUUAAAAUAUCAAGUAUGAUGGAGAUUAUGUUACUGCCUUGGAUGGUGCUUGUGAAAUUCCUACUUACCUUCCAGCUGGAUUUUCUGUGUCCAAAAUUAAUUAUUGUGAACAUUUUAUAUCAACAGUAUCUGUCACUCAUUACUGGAAGGUGUCAAGCCCUUCCACUUGAGCUGCAUGAUUGAAUCCUUCAAAUAGCUCUUUCCUUGGUCACUGUCAUCCUUGUUUGCAGGGGAUGAUGGAUUUGGUGCAGUCAUCAUCACCAGUAAGGGGGUUAAAGCUGACUGAGGGGCAGAGAUGCUGUGCAGCCGGCUGCCUGCCCCUGGCUUGCACAGGCCUCACAGUCACUGGAGUCACAGGGAGCUGGGCCCUGACCCACAGGCUCUGACUCAGUCUCUCUGGGUGGAGUCUGAGAGUUUGCAUUUCUCACUGGUUUCCAGGUGAUUCUGGUGCUGCCAGUCUGGGGACCACAUUUCGAGAACCACUGUGCUUAACUGUCAGGGAGGGCAACCCAGGCAGUGGGAUAAGGGGUAUUGUCAGUAUUAUCCCUAUUCUACUGCCUGUGGUUGAUCAGGUCCUGUGGGUCCUAUGGUUCGUCGGAGAACACGCUUUCCCAGAGUAUAUUAACUGCUACUUUCUGUUAUAAAAAUGCUGCCAGAACCCACUAGGACGGCUGUAAUCAGAAGGAUGGACAAUAACAAGUGUUGGUGAGGAUGUAGAGAACUGGAACCAUCAUACACUGCUGGUGGGAAUGUCAAGUGUUCCAGCUGCUUUGGAAAACAGUCUGGCAGUUCCUCAAAAAGUUAAAAUAGAGUUACCAUGACCCAGCAGUUCCCCUCCCCAGUAUUUAACUGAGAGAAUUGAAAACAUGGCCAUAAAAGAACUUGUACAUGAAUGUUCAUAGCAGCAUUAUUCGUGAGAGACAAAAGGUGAAAAUAACCCAAAUGUCCAUC